AUGUACUGUGCGAUCAGUGGGAAGGUACCGAAGGAGCCUGUGCUGUCGCUGGAGUCGCGGUGUGUGUAUGAGAGGCGGCUGGUGGAGGAGUAUGUCCGGCAGCAUGGGACGGACCCGGUGAACGGCAGACCCCUGGCGGUGGAGCAACUGGUGGAGAUCAAUGUGGACCCAGAGUCCAUGACGCUGGUGAAUGCUGCGAACAGCGCGACGCUGAACUCUAACUACAGCAUACCCAGCUUGCUGUCCACGCUGCAGAACGAGUGGGACGCGGUCAUGCUGGAGAACUUCGAGCUGCGGAAGGCGGUGGAGUCCCUGAAGAAGAAGCUGUCCACUACCUUAUAUGAGCGCGACGCCGCGAAGAAAGUGGCACUGAAGGCGAUAAGCCAGAAAAGGAAGCUGCAGAGCGAAGUGGACAGGCUCGCAACGGAGGUCACUUUGGUUGAGACAACAGGCAAUGACGACGCGCCUAGCAAGAAACGGAAAAUGGACACUGAGCCAAGCCAUGCCGAACUGGCUGUGCCAGACUCUAACUUCUCAGAUGAGCUACUUGCAAGCUCAGUGGCAUACUUGAAAGAGACAAAGCCUCUAUUGAAACAAAGUAAUAUCUCAAAGGACUCGGAGAUUGUAUUCGACAAAUUGGACAAAAUCGCUAUAAACAAUAAGUCAAUGACCUUCACUUCUCUACUUGCAGAAAACAAGUCGAAAUCUCUGGCCUUGAUACACGAUAAAUCGAUAAGUCAUAUAAAGGACCCUAAAAAUACAACUAUGAUAGAUAUGUCCGAACAGUUAGCAACCGGUGAUGAUUUAGAAUUGGUAGUACCUACCACAGGAGAGGAUAUACUUGUUAAGACAACAAAUAACAGAAUUAUGGUUCUUAAUACUAAAACAAAGCAAGCUCAGCAAAUUGAGCUUGGUGGUUCUGAACUUGGAAACUUAUUAUACCUAUAUAGUCACGAGAACGUUAAGCCAGAAUACUGUGUGUGGGCGGAUGAUAAAGGUAAUAUAGGGUAUGUAUCAAAAGAUGGGAAAACUGAUGUCAGAGUGAGGCAAACAGAAAACUCAGAUGAUAUGCAUUAUGACAAGGUUGAUCUACACAAAGAUGGUAUUCUGAUCGCACUUGCUAGAAGUAGUUGUGUUGAAAUUUUAAACCUUUGCCAGCCUGAUGAUCCUCCCAUCAAGUUUGAGAUUGGAUCAGAACUGCCCAAUGAUGCAAAAGCCAUAACCAACGUAAAAUUCUGUCCUAAUGGGUUCUACUUUAUUGUAGAAUUAGAUGGGGAUGUACUGUACACAUUUGAUCUUCGAAAGUCGCCACCGACAUUGUCUUCCAAUCCAUUGCCUAUAAAUGGUGGUUGUUGGGACUUUGAUAUAACGGGAAGGUUUUUAUUGCUGAACAAGUCGUUGGACUCAAACAGAAUUGAAUUCCAAUUUCAUCAAUAUGACAAAACUGCAAAUUCAUGGAAGGCUGUUCAAACCAGAGAAGUUGUGCUGGGAGAUAAUAGCUCAUUCAACUCUGCCAAAUCCAUGUGGUUAUUGUCUCAUGAAGAUACUAGUUUUAUACUUUUAUAUAGCGAUGACAACCUCCUGACUUUUGACUUAAAAUAG